CUCGGCGUCGAAUUUUGUGAAGUCAUUUGGAGGCGAAGAUGGGAUUCAUCACCUCUGCCGCGGGCAUCCUAGCCCUCUUGGAUGAGAAUGAAGAUCAGUUACGAGUGUUUGCACUGGAGAGACUCAAUGAGAUAACAGAUACUUUCUGGCCAGAAAUUGCAGACUCUAUCCAGAAAAUUGAAAAGCUUGAAGAAAAUGGCGAAUUUCCAAAGCGAGAGUUGGCUGCUCUUGUUGUAUCCAAAGUUUACUUUCAUUUAGGAUCUUAUUUAGACUCCCUCACAUAUGCAUUGAGAUCAGGUCCAAUGCUGCAUCAGGAUAGAAACCAGCUCUACAUAGAUACAAUCAAAGUUCAUGCCAUUGACCAUUACAUCAAGCUGAGGGCACAAAAAGAUGCAAAGAUGGAUGCCAGAUUAGAAGAACUGCUCAACAACAUGUUCAAACGCUGCAUCACUGACCAGCAGUACCGCCACGCCAUUGGCAUUGCGCUCGAAACUCACCGCAUGGAUUGGUUCCGAGAAGCUAUCAUGACUUCUGAUGAUAUUGUGGGAAGUCUAACAUACUCUUACAAGAUUGCCAUGCAGUACAUUGAGCAGCGUAAAUUCCGUGAUGAAGUUCUAGAGGAGCUUGUCUCUCUGUACCAGGGCUUGGAAACUCCUGACUAUGUGAACAUGUGUCAGUGCUUGAUCCACCUGGACAAGCCCCAUGAAGUUGCUUCCAUUCUUGACAAACUGAUCAAAAACGACAGUUUGAAGAGUGAGGCAAUGGAUAAUGAGUUAAUGGCCUACCAAAUUGGCUUUGAUUUGUAUGAGAGUGCCACACAAGAUCUCCUUUCCCACGUGCGCCAAGGCCUUCGAACCACCGCUCCAGUGCCCUCCCUCCUGAAGGAUGUUGAUGCCGUAACCAGUACCUCCACAACCUCAGCAGCACCAGCAGAGGGUUCAACCUCAGGUACUAAUGAGGAUGAGGAAAUGACCACCCCACAAGCAGAAGAAGAGAAUGCUGAUACAGCCAUGAGUGAAGAGAAGACAUUGGAUGAUUUGACUGAAUUGGAGAAGACUCACCAGAACCGUGUUGCAAAUCUAGCAAGAAUUCUUAGUGGUGAGAUGACCAUUGAGCAACACCUUCAGUUUCUUAUUGCCAAUAACCACACUGAUAUGCUGAUAUUGCGGCAUACAAAAGAAGCUGUGAGAGCUUCUGUCUGUCACACUGCUACUGUUAUUGCAAAUGCAUUUAUGCAUUGUGGAACAACUUCUGACCAAUUUUUAAGAGAUAACUUGGAGUGGCUUUCCCGUGCAACAAACUGGGCCAAGAUGACUGCUACAGCGUCUCUUGGGGUUAUUCACCGCGGACAUGAAAAGGAGGCUCUUACCCUGAUGCAGGCGUACUUGCCCAAAGAGUCGAACAGCCCUGGCUAUGCUGAGAGCGGGUCCCUGUAUGCGCUCGGACUCAUUCACGCAAAUCACGGUGCCAAUAUCAUUGAGUACUUGCUGAAUCAGACCAAGGAUGCUACAAGUGAUAUUGUCCGGCAUGGUGGCUGUCUCGGACUUGGUCUUGCUGCCAUGGGAACGCAGCGCACAGACGUUUAUGAACAGUUGAAGUAUUCUCUUUUCCAAGAUGAUGCUGUCACUGGAGAAGCUGCAGGUCUAGCCAUGGGCCUGGUGAUGUUAGGAUCGGCAAAUGAGCAAGCUGUGUCAGAUAUGGUGAAUUAUGCGAGGGAUACACAACACGAAAAGAUUCUUCGGGGAUUAGCUCAGGGAAUUGCAUUAACCAUGUACGGGCAACAGGAUCAGGCAGACCGACUCAUUACGGAACUUAGUGAAGAUAAGGAUGCCAUUUUGAGACGUGCAGCAAUGUACACCGUUGCAAUGGCAUACUGUGGCACUGCCUCAACACCUGCGAUGAAAAGGCUUCUUCACGUAGCAGUCUCUGAUGUUGAUAACGAUGUCAGACGAGCAGCCGUAGAAGCUUUAGGUUUCCUGCUGUUCAGAUCACCAGAUCAGAUCCCUAGCAUGGUCUCCCUUUUGUCAGAAUCCUAUAACCCACAUGUGCGGUAUGGUGCUGCUAUGGCUCUUGGAGUUGCUUGUUCUGGCACUGGACAGAAGGAAUCUCUAGGAUUGUUGGAGCCACUUACAAAUGACCCAGUUAAUUUUGUUCGCCAAGGAGCCCUCAUUGCAUCAGCUUUAGUUUUGAUACAGCAGACAGAAAGCACGUGUCCAAAAGUAAAAGAUUUCCGCCAGUUGUACGCAAAGGUGAUUGGAGACAAACACGAAGACUCGAUUGCAAAGUUUGGAGCCAUUCUUGCCCAAGGAAUUAUUGAUGCAGGUGGCCGCAACAUGACCAUCUCUCUCCAGUCUCGCACCGGACACACAAGCAUGACCUCUGUUGUUGGCAUGUUUGUCUUCACACAGUUCUGGUAUUGGUUCCCAUUGGCCCAUUUCUUGUCAAUGGCCUUUACACCUACUUGUCUUAUUGGGCUGAACUCUGAACUGAAAAUGCCCAAAAUGCAGUUCCUCUCUAAUGCAAAGCCAUCCACCUAUGGAUACCCAGCACCCCUUGAAGAAAAGAAGAAAGAAGUUGCAGAAAAAGUAACUGCAGUUCUGUCCAUCACAGCAAAGGCAAAGAAAAAGGAUGAUGAAAGAAAGAAAAAGGAGCAAAAGGACGAGAAAAUGGAGGUAGAUGAGGAGAAGGAAAAGAAAGAAAAGGAAGAAAAAGAGAAAGAAGAAAAGGAGAAGGAGAAAAAGAAGGAAGAAGAGAAAAAGAAAGAGGAGCCAACCUUCGAUUUACUAAGCAACCCUGCCAGAGUAAUGAAAGCACAACUGAAGGUGAUGCGCAUGGCAGAAGGCUCCCGUUACACCCCAGUCAAAGAAUUGAACAUCGGCGGUAUCAUCCUGAUGAGAGACAUGAAGCCAGAAGACAGUGAGGAGUUGGUGCAGCCCGUCCCAGCUCUGGGGCCAAAGACUGAAGAGGAAACUGAACCAGAUCCCCCAGAGCCCUUCAGAUAUGUUGAUGAGGAUUAAUUUCUUUAUGCUUGUUCUGCGAAGAAACGUGAAAUUAUUAAGGAAGCGUCCUUAGUGUUUUGAAGGAUUCUUGAGGAAAUAGGGAAUAUAGGUGACUGUUUAAUGUUCUUAUAUAUAGAUGUACCCAUGACUGAUUUUAAUUUAUUAUUUUUUUAUAAGGGGACAUUCAUAACUUUAUAUUCUUAGUUAUUAAGUGACGAUCUUCUGCUUUCAACAGGCUUUUAAAGACUAAUUUUGAUGUCAAUAUAAGUAUGAAAUCAGUCAUUUAUAAUAUAGUAUUGCACAGUCCCAGUUAUGCUACCUGUGAAGAUCUACAGAAUAAGUAAAGUCUAAUGUAUGAUUGUUUCUUUGAAUAUUAAAGAAUAAUUGUU